AUGAGUUUGUCUUCAAGAAGAGUAACAUUGCCUGCAGUUAUGCCAAUAACUCUACAGAAAUGGGUAAUUAAAGUGCAUAGUGAAGACGAUACUAGCAGAGCUCUGGAAGUACCAAGUGAUAUAACAGCCAGGGAUGUAUGUCAGCUGUUGAUAUUGAAGAACCACUAUAUUGAUGACCACAGCUGGACUCUGUUUGAACAACUUACCCACACAGGUUUAGGAAGAGCUAUAGAGGACCAUGAAUUAGUGAUGGAAAUCCAGUCAAAUUGGGUAAUGGAAGAGGAAAACAAACUAUAUUUUAGAAAAAAUUAUGCCAAGUAUGAGUUUUUUAAAAAUCCACUGAGUUUUUUUCCAGAUCAUAUGAUAUCUUUUCCAAGUGAGACCAAUGCAGCUGUAAACCACUCUGGGAUAUUACAGAUGUUCCUAAGCUCCAGCACAUAUCCUGAGAUUCAUGGUUAUUUGCAUGCAAAGGAGCAGGGAAAAAAAUCGUGGAAAAAAUUGUACUUUCUUUUGAGAAGAUCUGGCCUUUAUUUUUCCACUAAAGGUACCUCUAAGGAGCCAAGGCAUCUGCAGUUUUUCUGUGAAUUCAGCAAUAGUGAUAUGUACAUGUCUUUGACAGGCAAAAAGAUUUCUGGAGCACCAACAAACUAUGGAUUCUGCUUUAAGCCUAACAAAUCAGGAGGAACCAGAGACCUGAAACAGCUCUGUGCAGAUGAUGAACAAAGUAGGACCUGUUGGAUGACAGCAAUUAGGUUGCUUAAGUAUGGGAUGCAGCUGUAUCAGAAUUACAUGCAACCAUAUCAAGGUAGAAGUGGCUGCAGCCCUUUGAAUAUAACACCUAUGAGAAGCAUUUCAGAAAAUUCUUUAGUAGCAAUGGAUUUCUCAGGACACAGAAGCAGAAUUAUAGAAAAUCCAACAGAAGCCCUUUCAGUUGCAGUUGAAGAAGGAUUAGCAUGGCGGAGGAGAGGGUGUCUACGACUCAACUCACAUGGUAGUCCUAUUGCCAUGUCUAACAUGGCUAUACAUAGAUCUCAGUCAUGGUUUCAUCAUAAAAUCUCUAGAGAAGAGGCUCAGAGACUUAUUUUGCAGCAUGGACUUGUAGAUGGGGUAUUCCUGGUACGUGAUAGCCAAAGUAACCCCAAAACAUUUGUAUUGUCAUUGAGUCAUGGAUUAAAAAUAAAGCAUUUUCAAAUUGUACCAUUGGAAGAUGAUGGGAAGCUAUUCUAUACCCUUGAUGAUGGUCAUACCAGAUUUACUGAUCUCAUCCAGCUAGUGGAAUUCUACCAACUUAAUAAAGGAGUACUGCCUUGCAAGUUAAAACACUAUUGCGCACGAAUUGCUCUUUAA